GAAGGAGGGAAAGCGAGAGGGAUUGAAAGAGGCAGGCAGCGAGAGGAGCCCAGACUGCAGCAGGGACAGCACAUGGCUAGCAGAGGGAGCGAGGCAGGAGGUGGGUGUAUGAGUGUUGGGAAGGUAAAUUGCUGGGCUGUCUGAUUGUUGUAGGGGGUGGGCUCGAGAGAGAGGUGGCAUGCUUGUCCAUGGGAUGGAUGCACAGCAUGAUGGAUGGGGAGAGACACUAGGCAGACAGGCAGCAGCCCAAUCUUAGGCAUGUUUAUUGAGAAGUAAGUCCCAACAGUGUUCAGUGGAGCUUACUCCCAGGUAAGCAUGUAUAGAACUGCAGCCUUAGAUGAUGAGCCAGAUGGCCAUGGGUGGAAUGAUUACAUAGUGCUGAGGAUAGCUGAGUGGGAAGCUAGAUCUGCCUCUGAGGCUUUCUAAAAAGAGGGGUGUGUGUGUGUGUGUGUGUGUGUGUGUGUGUGUGUGUGUGUGUGUGUGUGUGUGUGACAGACAGAACACACUAAGGUCCUUUCCCAGAGAUAUCCCACCCCCAACCCCAGCCAAGGACCAUGUUGAAGAGCAAAUAAACAAAACCACAUGGCAUUGAUAUGUUAGUUCCUGUGAGGGGCAGUUGGAGUCAUCCUCUCCCUUCUGGGGGAGAGAGGUCAAAAGGUAAACAGAGAAGGCGGCUUUGCAAGAAUCCAAGUGAGGACAAAUUGCGCUGACCACUUUGGGGGAGAAAUCAAGUGCUGGAUUGCUUGGACCACGCACAGGGACUAGCCACACAUUAUCCAAAGCUACACAUCAUCAUGGCAUGCCUGCAUGAGACCCGCACACCUUCCCCAUCCUUUGGAAGCUUCAACACUAUCCUGACCGAGAGCUCCCUCCGCAAACUGGACCCAGAUGCUUCGGACUGCACCCCAGAAAAGGACCUGACACCUACGCAGUGUGUACUGCGGGAUGUGCUGCCCAUAGAUGGGGGCGGAGGUGGAGGUGGGGGCAGUGGGCACAGCCCCAUGCCCAGCGAGGAGACGCACGACCAGUUUGCUAACAGUGUGCUGCAACUGCACGAGAAUGAAGCUGGUGGCGGUGGGGGAGGCGGGGCCGGGGCCGGUGCCGGUGCCGGGAAUCCCGAAGUGCGGCCCACCCGUUACCAUGCUGACCAGGUACGGCUCCACUGCCACACAGGGAGUGGCUUCCUGGAAGGCCUGUUUGGUUGCCUCAAGCCUGUCUGGACCAUGAUUGGGAAAGCGUAUUCCACCGAACACAAACAGCAACAGGAAGACCCGUGGGAAGUGCCCUUUGAAGAGAUCAUGGAUCUGCAAUGGGUAGGCAGCGGGGCCCAAGGUGCUGUCUUCCUUGGACGUUUCCAUGGAGAGGAGGUAGCUGUCAAGAAAGUGCGAGACCUCAAGGAGACAGAUAUCAAGCACCUGAGGAAGCUGAAGCACCCCAACAUCAUCACCUUCAAGGGCGUGUGCACCCAGGCUCCUUGCUACUGCAUCAUCAUGGAAUUCUGUGCCCAGGGUCAGCUUUAUGAGGUGCUGCGUGCUGGACGCAAGGUCACCCCCUCACUGCUGGUUGACUGGUCUAUGGGUAUCGCUGGUGGCAUGAACUAUCUACACCUACACAAGAUUAUCCACCGUGACCUCAAGUCGCCCAACAUGCUGAUCACUUAUGACGAUGUGGUGAAGAUCUCUGACUUCGGCACUUCCAAAGAGCUCAGUGAUAAGAGCACCAAGAUGUCUUUUGCUGGCACUGUGGCCUGGAUGGCACCAGAAGUCAUUCGCAAUGAGCCUGUCUCUGAGAAGGUUGACAUUUGGUCCUUUGGGGUUGUCCUUUGGGAGCUGUUAACGGGAGAGAUCCCUUACAAGGAUGUGGACUCCUCAGCCAUAAUCUGGGGUGUGGGCAGCAACAGCCUUCACCUGCCUGUGCCUACCAGCUGCCCUGAUGGUUUCAAGAUCCUGCUAAGACAGUGCUGGAACAGCAAACCCAGGAAUCGUCCAUCCUUCCGUCAGAUCCUGCUGCACCUUGACAUUGCAUCCGCCGAUGUGCUGUCUACUCCUCAAGAGACCUACUUCAAAUCCCAGGCUGAGUGGCGGGAGGAGGUGAAGCUGCAUUUUGAAAAGAUCAAAUCAGAGGGGACAUGUCUGCACCGCUUGGAGGAGGAACUGAUCCACAGGCGACGAGAAGAACUCAGGCACGCUUUGGACAUCCGGGAGCACUAUGAACGCAAACUGGAGCGAGCCAACAAUCUCUACAUGGAGCUCAACUCUCUGAUGUUGCAGCUGGAGCUUAAAGAGAAGGAGCUGCUCCGGCGGGAGCAGGCUCUGGAGAAGAAGUACCCAGGGCUCUUUAAGCACCAUCCAUCACGCAGUCUCUUGCAUGGCAAUACAGUAGAAAAGCUUAUCAAGAAGAGGAAUGUGCCUCAGAAGUUAUCUCCACACAGCAAGAGGCCUGACAUUCUGAAGACUGAGGUGAUCAUGGACCCCACUCUGCCCCAACUCGCCAUCCCCGUGUGCCAGAAAGGCCCCCCAUCCCCUGGGCGCAGCCGUCGUGCCAAGUCCCGCUACCGCAAAGUUAGCACCCGAGGCAGUUGUGGGGAGCUGGCAGACCCAGGAGGAGCCAAGCGCCUGGAGCCCUGUGCAGCCCUGCGAGGGCUUCAGCAUGACCUACUGCUGCGCAAAAUGUCCUCCUCCAGCCCAGACCUCAUCUCCACGACUCUGGGAGCCGAGGGCCGCAAGGGGACAUCUGGGCCCGAAUCCCCGCCCACGGAACAGCCCCGCAGUGAGACCCCCAGUGAAGACACUGCCUCUGUGCCCUGUUCCAGCAGCCCCGAGUCUCCCUCUUCCCGCCAGGGUGCUGUGGGGCCACCGGAAAAGGCAAGGCUGCAACCGGGAGAGGAAGCUGAGCGGGAACAGGGCAGGGGCAGCCGGGCAGGGUCCACACAACCAUCCCAGCACCUCACACCAGCAGCCAUGUUGUAUCGGGCAGCCGUGACCCGGAGCCAGAAACGUGGGGUCUCCUCAGAGGAGGAGGAAGGUGAAGUGGACAGUGAGGUUGAGCUGCCGCUCCGACAAAGAUGGCCUCAGGCAAUGAGUAAGCGGCCGUCACUCUCCACCUUCAGCUCAGAGAACUUUUCCGACGGGGAUGGUGAAGAAGGCACUAACAGUGAGGGUACCACAGCUUCUCACAGUGGUGGCACACCUGAUGUGGCCAGCACCAAUACAGAUGAACGCUUGGAUGCCGAACGUUCAGACGAUGACAUCCUGGGGCACUCCGAUGGUCUGUCCGAAAAGGAGGCAGCCAUUCGGCUUGUCAAACGCCAACUCAGCGCUGAGCAGAAUGCUGGUGAGGACCCUGCUGCCUACGAGGAUUCAGACUGCGACAGUGCCGAACUGGACCACCCAGGCAGCGGGGAGUUGCAGAGACUGCCGGACAUGCCCAGUUUGUGAUCUCACCUGCUUGGCCUUCCCUUCCCCAUGCACCAGGUUGUACAGAUCCCAGCCCCCACUCUUCCUCCCCCUGCCUCCCUGCACCACCACCUUCUCCCCAGAUAUUUAUAUAAAUAAUCUAUAAAGCUCUAUAUAAAUCUAUAUAUCUCAUAAUCUCUGGAAGGAGAGCCAGCACUCCUCCCUCCCCCCGCCCCCCCCCCCAGUUCCUGUAUCCUCUCGUUGGGGGUCAAGGGUCAGCUCCUGCCAUCAGGGGCUUGCUGUUUGCACGUUGGGCAGCUGGAGACAUCGAACAAAUGAACACACACAAACCUGCCAUCAUCAGCCCCUGCUCUGCAACUCAGCAGCAAAGCAUUUUAUCCAGUUGGCGCUACACACUGGAAGGUCCAGAUCCCCUUCUGUUCUGCUUCAAGCAGCCAGGACAUGGCAGGAUCCAGUAGAGGACCAACCAGCUCUAGCCAGGCCUGAUGAGUCACCAAUGAGAUACAGAGAAGACUUGGGCUGGGAAGUGGUGCUUUCAUCUGCCAAAGGAAGCAGCAGGGUGCUCUGGACGCAACCCUAGGGCCCAAGGCCCAUCUGAACAUCAGGGCUGGACGUCACCCAUCCCAGGCGCCAGACUGUCUCUGCGAUGGACUCAAUGCAUGUUUGGGCCACAGUCAGCACGGAAACUUCCCCCAACCCACAGCUUGAAAAUAAGUUGUUCUCCCCACUCUUCCCACAAGUAACAACCAAAGCCUAAGCGCAACAACCUCCCCUUCUCCCAACACAUAUACACUCCAGCUUGUGGGAACUGAGUUCAGAGCCCAAUCACUGUUUCACCCCCCCUGCCCCCACCAUACUGUGCGUGUAUAUUGAUUUCUUUGUACAUGCACGCAUUCCCACCAUGUGGCCCCUUCCAAGUUUGGGAUGGGACAAACAGCUCCAUACUGCUCUCUGCUGGCACCAACAUGCACUGCACUUUUUUAUUUAUUUAUUUUUUAAUUUAUAAUGAGGAAUGUUUACAUUUGCACUUAACGUGUGUCCCUGUCAGAUGGGUCUAUGUAACAGGGGGUGUUGGUGGGGGUGGGGGGUGGGAGAAGCGCAAGGGGCAGGAGGUGGGCUUGGCGAUACUGAGCUCUGAUUCUCACAAACUUCUGUCAUGCUUAAAAGGAGAAGAGGGAGGCCAUUGAGUUUACACGUGUGAGGAAAAGGCCCUUUCUUCUUGGUUUCUCAGGUGAAGGUCCUGGUUUGGAGAAAUAAUUGGGUUUCUUUUAAACGUGUUGCUUAUUUGUGUUCGAUAAACUGCAGGAAAGUGAGAGAUUAGAUCAAGUUACAUGCAGGAAGGAUCUAGAAAUGGCCCUGCCCCAAUGGAACAGGCAAUUGCCGGAGGGGAGGGUGUAUCUGAACCAUGACUUCUGGGAGCAGCAUACCACCCACAGUGAACAAGCCUACUAUGGGGUCUACUGACCUAUCACAUGACAGGCGCUACUCUGAAGCUGCCAUGAGAGGCACAAGCUCCUGAAUGGAACAUGGAUUGACAGCUCAAAAUGUCUUCCUGUACUCAUCUCUGCUAGAGCCAGGAUGAGGUAUCGCUCUAUCCCCCAGCUGUGUGGCCAUCUCAGUAAGGGCAGGGGGGCAUUUUACCACUUCCUGAAGAAUUGUUCAUAAUGCCCCUCUCCCCCAAGAACAGCACUGAAAAGUGAACACCAAGGAGGCAUUUUUCUCCCAAAUGCUCACAAGCCAGAUUAAUGUGUGAACACAGAGAGCAGGGCACAAGCUUGCUUCGUAGUCUGAUUUGAAAUUGGUGGGAUGUGUCUGUGGCUCCUCAUUCAUAUAACCAGACGUGCUCAGAGCUUCUCUUCUCUUUCUUCUAGUCCAUGUCCCAGCAGUGCUCCCCAGUCCUGAGAACAGGUUAAGCCAUAGUAUUCUCUGAUUCCAAUGUUAAAACUUGCACAGAGCAGCAGCAGAAACGUCAUGGUGCUAAUUCCCUUCAGCCCACUAGGGGGCAGGAUCACCUUAGGUACCCAGACUGCUGCCUUGUAGUUUCAUGCUUUAGGAACCACAAAUGCUCUUCCCUAUUAACAGGGGAGAUGUAGCCACUCUGAAAAGAAGUCACUGCAAUCAUGAGCAGGCUUUGCUCAGUGAAAAAAAACACAUGUUUUGCAUAGGCUGAAACUUCACUUUGCUGGCUCUCAAGUAACCAAACAGUGAGAAAAUGUUGCCUGAUCCACUUUAGAAAGCCAGAUUUGAGACCCAAUCAGGACCGACAAUGCAAAAUCAGAUUGUGCUAUAUGGAAGCUUACAGCCUUAUACCUGCUGCCAAGGCAUGAUCAUGGUUACAGAAGAACAGGAGGCAAUAGAGGUGCCACGUUCGGGGGCACUGAAGCACAUCUCCCCCAAGUGUCUGAUCCUUCCAUAAGCUCUGAAGGGAAGUGAGAUUAGAUAUUCUCAGCUGGGUACUAACAAUAUGCUCUUCACACAAGGCCGGGGGGGGGGGAGAGAAGAGGCUCUCCAAAGUCUGACCCAGUUUCUUGGCUCCAAAUCACAAUCAGGGUUGCUGCUCUCCCAGAAGUAAAGAAAGGCUGUUACACACUUUGUGGGUGUGAUUUUAUUUUAUUUUAUUUUAUAGAGAGUUUGCUGAGCUUAACGUGCAAAGAGGCGGCCAAAAAAUUAUUUUUGUAAGCAACCUGGCCAGCCCCCAUUUAAAGCUGCCAGCUCUAGCAAUAAUGCAGACAGGAGAGGUCGAUUAGGCCAUUGUGCUGUGUCCAUCCAGCAGAUGGUAUAAGCAGGGAGUGAGAGUAGAGAGCAUUGACUAGCAGGCAAGGAAGGACCCCUGUAUGAACCCUGGAGGCUCCCAGGACCAUUUCUUCCCCUCCCCCAGCUACCUAGAGGGCUUUGUGAAAGCACUCAAGUCUUCCAGGCCUGGGCUGUGUUGCAGGCCAUUUGAACAGAUGGGUGUGAGGGCUGCUGCCAAAAAGCCCAUUAAUGCCAACAGCAGCGAGGAGGAGCGUAAAACCUGCCAUCUCUGCAGUAGGUACAUCAGAGGAAGCAAAGCCAUCUCUUGCUGCUAGCAGUUGUCACUGGGUUAGCAUUCAGUAAUACAGGGAUGCAGAAGGUACAGCCUAGAGAGAAAGAGCCCUCUUGCCCCACACUGCCUUGGGCAGUCAGAACGGCAGCACCAGCGGUUCUGCUCCUGCCCAUGGGAGACCAGUGUGCUAAUCUUUCAAGCAAGGAGGGGGAAAACAGAUGCCAUUAAAGCUGGACAAAAAAUCAAAUCAGAAGUUAGGAGAUGGUCUAUACCAGUGUCACAGGAGGAAACACUGUAUUUACUCAAAAGCAAAUUCAGUCCAUGUUGUUGCUCAGAGCAAAUUAUAUACAUAUUCAAAUGAGUGGCCCAUCCCAUCCUGGAGCCCUGUGGCAAGGCAACAAUUAUUUUGCAUUACACACCCACACCCACACAAAAAGCACCUGCUUAUGUCUCUUCCCUUCCCUCACACCUAGUUCAAACAGAAUUGUGUACUUUUUAAAUGUAUGCAUUUGCAUAAUUGAGACAACAUACUGUGCUCAGAUUUUCUUUGUUCAGGGUUCAAGAUUCCUUGGCAUAGAAUUUCUAGCAGAGUCCAGUAAAAUGCUGGGCUGAAUCCCAGAUUCCUGAAAACCAGUUCACAAGGCCUAACAGUGGUUCCUAAAUAUGUUCAUGCUCAGCUACUGGAAAGUUUCCAAAAGGGAGAACCCAUGGUACAUACAUUGCUAAGAGUGCUCUUGUUGGGCCUAUAAGACAAAGAUGUAAUUUCAAAGGCUACAAGAUCUAAGUGGGACACAGACAUAUACAAUACCCUAUUUACCUGAACCCCAACACUAGUCCCCCAGCCAUUGUGGGGUCAUCUUCCUUGCAGGUAAAUACAGGUAUAACUUUUCUUUAAUUAAAAAAGAGGGUUGUCUUAAAUUGAGUUUUCCCUAUUUGAGUAAAUAUGAUAGUAUCCGGUCAGUUGAGGCCAGGUCUUCUUUGGGGGCCUCUGGUUGGCCCAUUUGACAGAGUUGUGGGCCAGAUUUGGUAUGAUCCAGCCAAGGCAAUUCUUGUACUCUAACCAGUGAGAAAUUAUGGUUUUGGCAAAAACAUGAAGCUAGAGUUUCACACAAACUUCAACACACAAUGCCAGGUUUUGCAAGAUUUAAGGCCGUGCAGUUGUGGUUUAGAUCUAACCCAUUAAAAAUUGAAUUAGUGCAGGGAGAACAGAGCUAAUUUGAAUAUGCACCCCGCCACUGGGCCUGAGAGGCCACACAGGUUUUCAAACAGGUGCUCUGUUCUCGGGUAUUUGUGCCAUGCUGGAUCAAUGGUGUCUCAAAAACUUCCGUAAGAAGAGCAUUCCCAAGACCAGAGGCAACACUAAUGCUCCCUGUAACAGGGAUUCCCAGAGCUUGGCAGACCAAUUUGCUCCUAGAGGCUGAUGUCCCAUGGAAAAAGACCAGGUGGGGGCUUCCUGUCUCCCCCAGCAGCAAUGGCUUUUGACUGGGGAUGAUGGGAGUUAUUAACAACUAGUAAAUGCAGGCCCGUUGAGUAACGGGCGCUAGUGAGUGCUCCGGGGCCCCCGGCCGCCAUUCCCCCUCCCACCGCCACCAGCCUCUAUGCUGCGGCCGGUCUCCCCGGCCGGGCAAGGGCCCCAAGCUGCCCGGCUUCGGCGGCGGCGCCAGGCCUCGGCGGCGGCUUCGCCACCACCUCGGCCGGCUUCCCCCGCCGCCUCCUCCCCCCACCUGGCUUCGGUGGUGCGGCCAGGCCACGGCCAUGGCUCCGCCACCGCCUUGGCCGCGCUGCGUCCUCUGGCCGAGGCGGCGCCUCCACAUACCUGGCUUCUUCGGCGCAUACCUGGCUUCUUCGGGGCGGCCGCUUCUGGCCGCCCAAGAUGUCCGCCGGGUCCUGGCGUUCGUUUGUCCCUUGCUCUGUUCUGGGCAUGCGCUGUGCACAUGCCCAGAACAGGCCAGGCACGGACGGACACCAAGCGUUUUAUUAGAGAGGAUAGCAUCUGGGGAUAUCUGCUACAGAAUACUGGGAACCACCAGCAAUGGCUUGGAUCCUAUGGCACCUUGACCAUAGGACUCUGAAACAGAUUACACGGAGAUGCAACUGUGGCAGAGCACCUACUUUCCAUGCAGAAGGUCCCAAAGUCAAUCACUGGCACUUCCAGUUCAAGCACAUCAGGCAACUGGAAAAGACCUCUACUUGAGGAUCAAAGUACACAUUUAGCUACUUGGGCUUCCAUAUUUAUUUAAAGAUAUGACCCAAUUUCCCCCUCAUAUUGUUGUUACAACACGAAGCUCCCCAAAGCUACUCUUUGCAUAGAGAGGGAAAGCUCCCACUAUCUAUCCUGAGACAAAUGGCAACUUCAGAGGAGAAAUUUUCACUAAUGAGUGUGUGUGGGGAGGGGGGGUCGUUAAAACUCUCUCCACAAAUGCUACGGUUCCAAUCCUGAUCAUGCAGUUAUUUUAAACAAACACAGAUACUGCAUUUAACAUCACAUGUCAUUUGAGUCCCUAAUUUUAGACAGAGAGGACUCAGUAAUGGAUUUGAUGGACCAAGGAUCGGAGGCAACUUCCUCUAGUUCCACAAGAGAAUUGCAGAACUUAGAAAAAUCUCAUAAAAUACAGGUCAUCUCAUUGGCAGCUGUUACCCUCUAACACUCAAAAAGACAGAACUGGGAAGGAGGAACAGAACAGCCCGCCACCCUCUUUGAGAACUAAUUCCUUACAGAUCGCACAAGGUAUUUGGGAUCAACUCAAGGUGGACAAGCCUCUUCAUUAAUGCGGAUGUUUAACCACUUGGGUUGAUUUGGGCCUCUGUUGUAUCUCACAUGAUCUCAGCUCAGGGCUCUGGAUGGCUGCAUUGAUUUCCUUCCCCAUAGUCAAGCUCUCAAAGGACCUGCCCCCUUGAAAAGGUCACACUGCACAGCAAACAUGAACACAUGACCCAUCCUAACCACCCCCAACCCAGUUUGUCAUUCUUCCUGUGGAAGGCAAGUUCUCAGUCCCUUAGGUGAAGCCAUACUUCCUACCACUUUGGAUCCGUGCAUCCUCUACACUGAUUUUAACAUCCGUCCUUGUAAGAUACAUCAUGUCUGUAUGGUAAUAACAUUGCUAGAUGAAUAAUGGCACUGCAGAUUUCAAUUAAAGACCAUUUUGUAUCGAA